ACAAUAAAUGCUAAUUUACGAACAUUUCUGAAAAUGGAUAUAUUGCUUUUUGGAAUUAAACUCUUCUUAUGUUUCCCCAUCUGAGCUCAGAGUAGAUGACAGAUGUAAUGUUUGUCUCUGUUGUGUUGAAGACCAAUCAAGCAGGAGAGAUCAGCCUCCCCUGUUCCCAGCUGUGUGUCCAUGAAGAGUAACCGGUCUAUGGGUCUACCUAUACUGUUUAGAGAGGGAGACUUUUCUACUGAACAAAGAAACCAACAGGACAGAUCAGAGUCAGAGAUUCUCAGUGGUCAGUCUUUACAGAGUCAUCAAACAGACCUGGCCUCCAUAUUCAGUAUGCUUGAAGAGAAAAUUAUGACAUUUGUGAAGAAUGAGCUGAAGAUAUUCAAGAGGAUUCUUAGUCCAGAACUCCCAGAAGGCUUUGAGAGUCAGAAGCAGGAUAAGGAAGUGGUGGACGCUGAAGAUGAGCAGCAGGAGAGGAAUGCCAGAGAGGGGGCUCUGAAGAUCACACUGCACCUCCUGAGGAAAAUGAACCAGAAGGAGCUUGCUGACACACUGGAGAAAUGUAAGAUCUGUCUGCCUCAUGAUGAAUGCUGUUUUAUAACAUUUAAAAGCUGUAGCUAAAGUACAGCUGAAGUAGCUGUGUAACUCA